CGGACUGGGCGGCGACGUGGUGGAAGAAGUUUUGUUCGGUCAGAGACCGGACGCGGGAGCUGCGGAUGGGCCAGGUGUCUAGCCUUGGAAGCCGUAGGAGCCGCCAGAGCCGCCGGCGCGCCGUCCCGCCUCAGCCGCCGGCGCGCCGUCCCGCCUCGUCCGGCCGCUCUCGCUGGCUCAGGUUACCUGAGGCCGGUGGGCGGGGCAGCCAUUCCCGUCUGCGCCGGCCCCCAGCCUCCAGGGCGGCGGAGCCGGGAAGUGGAAGAGGGAGCGAAGGAGGCGGGGACUGCCAAGGCUCCAGCCCGGCCGGGCUCUGAGGCGAGAGGCUGCAUGGAGUGGCCGGCGCGGCUCUGCGGGGUGUGGGCGCUGCUGCUCUGCGCCGGCGGCGGGGGCGGGGGCGCCGCGCCUACCGAAACUCAGCCACCUGUGACAAAUUUGAGUGUCUCUGUUGAAAACCUCUGCACAGUAAUAUGGACAUGGAAUCCACCUGAGGGGGCCAGCCCAAAUUGUAGUCUAUGGUAUUUUAGUCAUUUUGGCGACAAACAAGAUAAGAAAAUAGCUCCGGAAACUCGUCGUUCGAAAGAAGUGCCCCUGAAUGAGAGGAUUUGUCUGCAAGUGGGGUCCCAGUGUAGCACCAAUGAAAGUGAGAAGCCUAGCAUUUUGGUUGAAAAAUGCAUCUCACCCCCAGAAGGUGAUCCUGAGUCUGCUGUGACUGAGCUUCAAUGCAUUUGGCACAACCUGAGCUACAUGAAGUGUUCUUGGCUCCCUGGAAGGAAUACCAGUCCCGACACUAACUAUACUCUCUACUAUUGGCACAGAAGCCUGGAAAAAAUUCAUCAAUGUGAAAAGAUCUAUAGAGAAGGCCAAUACUUUGGUUGUUCCUUUGAUCUGACCAAAGUGAAGGAUUCCAGUUUUGAACAACACAGUGUCCAAAUAAUGGUCAAGGAUAAUGCAGGAAAAAUUAAACCAUCCUUCAAUAUAGUGCCUUUAACUUCCCGUGUGAAACCUGAUCCUCCACAUAUUAAAAACCUCUCCUUCCACAAUGAUGACCUAUAUGUGCAAUGGGAGAAUCCACAGAAUUUUAUUAGCAGAUGCCUAUUUUAUGAAGUAGAAGUCAAUAACAGUCAAACUGAGACACAUAAUGUUUUCUAUGUCCAAGAGGCUAAAUGUCAGAAUCCAGAAUUUGAGAGAAAUAUGGAGAAUACAUCUUGUUUCAUGGUCCCUGGUGUUCUUCCUGAUACUUUGAACACAGUCAGAAUAAGAGUCAAAACAAAUAAGUUAUGCUUUGAGGAUGACAAACUCUGGAGUAAUUGGAGCCAAGAAAUGAGUAUAGGUAAGAAGCGCAAUUCCACACUCUACAUAACCAUGUUACUCAUUGUUCCAGUCAUCGUCGCAGGUGCAAUCAUAGUACUUCUGCUUUACCUAAAAAGGCUCAAGAUUAUUAUAUUCCCUCCAAUUCCUGAUCCUGGCAAGAUUUUUAAAGAAAUGUUUGGGGACCAGAAUGAUGAUACUCUGCACUGGAAGAAGUACGACAUCUGUGAGAAGCAAACCAAGGAGGAAACUGACUCUGUAGUGCUGAUAGAAAACCUGAAGAAAGCCUCUCAGUGAUGGAGAUAAUUUAUCUUUACCUUCAUUGUGACCUUGAGAAGAUUCUUCCCAUUCUCCGUUUGUUAUCUGGGGACUUAUUAAAUGGAAACUGAAACUACUGCACCAUUUAAAAACAGGCAGCUCAUAAGAGCUACAGGUCUUUAUGUUGAGUCGCGCACCGAAAAACUAAAAAUAAUGGGCGCUUUGGAGAAGAGUGUGGAGUCGUUCUCAUUGAAUUAUAAAAGCCAGCAGGCUUCAAACUAGGGGACAAAGCAAAAAAUGAUGAUAGCAGUGGAGUUAAUCUUAUCAAGAGUUGUGACAACUUCCUGAGGGAUCUAUACUUGCUUUGUGUUCUUUGUGUCAACAUGAACAAAUUUUAUUUGUAGGGGAACUCAUUUGGGGUGCAAAUGCUAAUGUCAAACUUGAGUCACAAAGAACAUGUAGCAAACAAAAUGGAUAAAAUCUGAUAUGUAUUGUUUGGGAUCCCAUUGAACCAUGUUUGUGGCUAUUAAAACUCUUUUAACAGUCUGGGCUGGGUCCAGUGGCUCACGCCUGUAAUCCCAGCACUUUGGGAGUCCGAGGCAGGCGGAUCACUUGAGGUCAGGAGUUCGAGACCAGCCUGGCCAAAAUGGUGAAACCUCGUCUCUACUAAAACUACAAAAAUUAACCGGGUGUGGUGGCGUGUGCCUGUAAUCCCAGCUACUUGGGAGGCUGAGGCAGGUGAAUUGUUUGAACCUGGGAGGUGGAGGUUGCAGUGAGCAGAGAUCAUGCCACUGCGCUCCAGCCUGGGUGACAGAGAAAGACUGUCUAAAAAACAAACAAACAAAACCUCUUAAUAUUCUGGAGUCAUCAUUUCGUUCGACAGCAUUUUCCUCUGCUUUGAAAGCCCCAGAAAUCAGUGUUGGCCAUGAUGAUGAGAACUACAGAAAAACCAGAGGCAGCUUCUUUGUCAAGACCUUUCAAAGCCACUGUAGGCUGUUAGGGGCAGUGGAGGUAGAAUGACUCCUUGGGUAUUAGAGUUUCAACCGUGAAGUCCCUAACAAUGUAUUUUCUUCACCUUUGCUAUUCAAGUAGCAUUUACUAUGUCUUUGGCUUGUGCUAGGCCCCUGGCUGUGAAGCACAGACCCCUUCCAGGGGUUUACAGUCUAUUUGAGACUCCUCAGUUCUUGCCACUUUUUUUUUUUUAAUCUCCACCACUCAUUUUUCAGACCUUUUAACUCCACAACUCCAACACUGAUUUCCCCUUUUGCAUUCUCCCUCCUUCCCUUCCUUGUAGCCUUUUGACUUUCAUUGGAAAUUAGGAUGUAAAUCUGCUCAGGAGACCUGGAGGAGCAGAGGAUAAUUAGCAUCUCAGGUUAAGUGUGAGUAGUCUGAGAAACAAUGACUAAUUCUUGCAUAUUUUGUAACUUCCAUGUGAGGGUUUUCAGCAUUGAUAUUUGUGCAUUUUCUAAACAGAGAUGAGGUAGUAUCUUCACUUAGAACAUUGCUAUUUGCUUGAGAAAAAAAGAAUAGUUGAACCUAUUUCUCUUUCUUUACAAGGUGGGUCCAGGAUUCCUCUUUUCUCUGCCAUAAAUGAUUAAUUAAAUAGCUUUUGUGUCUUACAUCGGUAGCCAGCCAGCCAAGGCUCUGUUUAUGCUUUUGGGGGGCAUAUAUUGGGUUCCAUUCUCACCUGUCCACACAACAUAUCCGUGUAUAUCCCCUCUACUGUUACUUCCCCCAAAUUUAAAGAAGUAUGGGAAAUGAGAGGCAUUUCCCCCACCCCAUUUUUCUCCUCACACACAGACUCAUAUUACUGGUAGGAACUUGAGAACUUUAUUUCCAAGUUGUUCAAACAUUUACCAAUCAUAUUAAUAUAAUGAUGCUACUUUCAAUUCCUGCUCCUAGGGGAGGGGAGAUAAGAAACCCUUACUCUCUACAGGUUUGGGUACAAGUGGCAACCUGCUUCCAUGGCUGUGUAGAAGCAUGGUGCCCUGGCUUCUCUGAGGAAGCUGGGGUUCAUGACAAUGGCAGAUGUAAAGUUGUUUCCUCCUUGUGCUUUUAUUCUUGAAGUCAGAUUGAGGCUGAGAGACAGCCAUAGUAGAUGUUCUACUUUGUUCUGCUGUUCUCUAGAAAGAGUAUUUGGUUUUCCUGUAUAGGAAUGAGAUUAAUCCCUUUCCAGGUAUUUUAUAAUUCUGGGAAGCAAAACCCAUGCCUCCCCCUGCCAUUUUUACUGUUACCCUAUUUAGAUGGCCAUGAAGAGGAUGCUGUGAAAUUCCCAACAAACAUUGAUGCUGACAGUCAUGCAGUCUGGGAGUGGGGAAGUGAUCUUUUGUUCUUAUCCUCUUCUUUUAGCAGUAAAAUAGCUGAGGGAAAAGGAAGUUAUGGGAAUACCUGUGGUGGUUUUACAGUCACUAAAAAGUGAUCCCUAGGUCUUGGGAGCUCUUGGAGGUGUCUGUAUCAGUGGAUUUCUCAUCCCCUGUGGGAAACUAGUAGGCUCAUUUACUAUUUUAGGUCUAGCCUAUGUGGAAUUUUUCCUAACAUACCUAAGCAAACCCACUGUCAGGAUUGUAAUUCUUAUUCUUUCAUUCAGUUAAGUUUUUUCCUUCAUCUGGGCACUGAAGGGAUAUGUGAAACAAUGUUAACAUUUUUGGUAGUCUUCAACCAGGGAUUGUUUCUGUUUAACUUCUUAUAGGAAAGCUUGAGUAAAAUAAAUAUUGUCUUUUUGUAUGUCA